UCGAUGCCUGGUCCUGCACCGGCACUGUGUCCGAAAAGAGCCGGCCAACACCGGCUCCCGGCCCCGCGGGCCCAGCCGAAGGCGGCUGAUAGCGCGGGAUGGCCCUCGAGGCCGCCGCUGGCCCUGCGGACCCUGGCCUGAGCGAAUCACCCACCCACGGAGGUUGUUAGUCUUACCCUGGGUGUCCAGGGCUGCAGUUGAGGCUGUCCCAGAUAGGAUCCAUCACCAUGCGCUUCCAGCAAUAGCAUGCGCUGUCAUUGGAGGAAGUGCUGGGCUAGGUGUUGGAGACCUGGGGUAUCAUCUGGCUGGAAAGGAAUCUACCCACUGUCUAUGUUUCUAUAACGCGCUCAUGACCUUGGGCAUGCGGUUUCAGAAGCAAAGAAAAUGAGGCUUUUAAAGUACUGGGUGUGUCAGUUGGCUCCAGUGAGACUCAGUUUUCACAUCCAUAAAAUGGCGAUGAAGCCUGAGGAAGCUCAGUCCUGGUGGUGAGAGGAUGUGGCCCCUAGACCCAUCCCGGAAAGAGGUGCUGAGGUUUGCAGCCAGCUGCCGUAUCCUGACCCUCAUGCUGCAGGCACUCUUCAAUGCCAUCAUCCCUGAUCACCAUGCAGAUGCCUUUUCUCCUCCCCGCCUGGCCCCCUCGGGCUCUGUGGAUCGGCUUGUGGAAGGUCUUCUGGGUGGUCUCUCUCGGUGGGAUGCUGAACACUUCCUAUUCAUUGCCGAGCAUGGCUACCUCUAUGAGCACAAUUUUGCCUUCUUCCCUGGCUUCCCCUGGGCCCUCCUGGUGGGGACUGAGCUGUUGAGACCCUUGCAGGGCCUACUGAGCCGGCGAAGUUGCCUACUGAUCUCAGUAGCAUUUCUCAACUCCCUGUUCUCCAUGCUGGCGGCAGUUGCCCUCCAUGACUUGGGUUGUCUGGUUUUGCAUUGUCCCCGCCAGGCCUUUUAUGCAGCACUGCUCUUCUGCCUCAGCCCUGCCAAUGUUUUCCUGGCAGCCGGUUACUCAGAAGCUUUGUUUGCCUUCCUGACAUUCAGCGCCAUGGGGCAGCUGGAGAGGGGCCGAGGCUGGGCUAGCGGGCUCCUCUUUACUCUUGCCACUGGGGUACGUUCCAAUGGGCUUGUCAACGUCGGCUUCCUCCUGCAUUCUCAGUGCCGAGAAUUUCUUUCCUCUCUUGUGGUGCUGAACCCCCUGAAACAGCUCAUCAAGCUGAUGACCUCAUUCUGCCUGUCACUGCUCACAGUCAGCCUUCCCUUUGCUGUUUUUCAGUAUUAUGCCUAUACCCAGUUUUGUCUGCCAGGCUCAGCCCACUCCAUUCCUGAGACCUUAAAGCAGUUCGCUGUGGACAGAGGGUACCGGAUUGCAAAAGGAAAUGAACCACCAUGGUGCUCCUGGGAUCUUCCUCUGAUAUACAGCUAUAUCCAGGAUGUCUACUGGAAUGUUGGAUUUCUGAGGUACUUUGAGCUCAGGCAGGUGCCCAAUUUUCUCCUGGCUAUACCAGUGGCCAUACUAGUUGUGUGGGCAGCCUGGACAUAUGUGACUGCCCACCCUUGGUUCUGCCUUACACUUGGACUGCAAAGGAGCAAGGACAGUAAGAUCCUGGAGAAACCCCAUCCUGGCUUCCUCAGUCCACAGGUGUUUGUGUACCUGGUUCACGCUACAGUGCUGCUGCUGUUUGGUGGUCUGUGCAUGCAUGUUCAGGUUCUCACAAGGUUUUUGGGUUCCUCCACCCCUGUCGUGUACUGGUUUCCAGCUCACCUGCUUCAGGAUCAGGAGCCGCUGUUGCGAUCCCUAGAGUCAGUGCCUUGGAAGCCUCUCCCAGAAGACUCCCCACCAGGACAAAAGGCCCCCAGAAAUUGUAUCAUGAAACUCUUAUACAACUGGAAAACCUGUUCUCCUAUCACACGGUACAUCCUAGGCUAUUUUCUGACUUAUUGGCUCCUGGGACUACUCCUACAUUGUAACUUCCUGCCUUGGACAUGACCUGGAGUCUCAAGGGACAAGCUGGAAGCUGGUUUAUCCCAUAGUCUGUCAGCUACAACACUGGCUGGGACUGCCUGCACUGCCCUGAGAGCUCUCCAUUAGGACCCCCACUCUCUCUUCUCCCUUCUCUUUGGAGGCUAGUUAGGAAUGGAAGAUGCAUGGGGCACAAGAGCCCCUUUUUGCCCUGGCCUGGACAAGAGCAGAAACUGUUUUCACUGUUAAGUGGAGAUAACUUAUUCAAGGUCUAAAAUAUACCUGGUCAACUAAUAGCAGACAGUCUGAAAUCCACCUACUCCUGUGCAAAGUUGAACUAAAGUGUUUCUCCCAAGGCUCUAGCUGACAGCCUGGUGAUGUCUACUCAAGAUGGCAGGGCAGCAUGGGGACAGCUGGAGAAUGGAACCAUCUCUAAAUGGGACAUUGUUUCUGAA